AUGGACGAAAAACAACUAGAAAACAAAAUAAAGUAUUUAAAAGAUGUGUUUCGUCAAGAACUGACCAAGAUAGAACGAAGCAAAAAAAGUGGCUGUGGAACAGAGGAUAUUUAUACCCCAAAGCUAACAUGGUUUGAAGCUGCCCAUUUUUUCGUUGAAGUUUUGUCAACAAGGCAUAGUAAUUCAAACUUGACUCUACCCAGCACACAAAAUAUAUCUGAGGAAAUCUCAAAUUCUCAAAUUGAACAGCGUGAACAAAAUAUAAAACCCUCAGAGGGGAUGGGACCCCCUAAAUCGAAAAAAGGGUGAGAAAACAGGCAGAUCCAGAAAUUGGCGAUGCAAUCAGUCAGUUGAAUAAAAUAGCUGAAAAUGUAUCAGAAGGAAAA